GUCUACAUAAAUUGAAACGGAGAGGGUAUGAUAUAUGAACUGUCCUUUAAAGUUUUGACACACUGAUUUAGUAGAUCAUUUAACGGCGGUAGUAUUAUUUGACUAUUAUGCUAUUAUUGGAACAGAAUAGCUACCAGGAAUAUACGAAGCUGAAAGCAAGAGUGGAAGUGCUACAACAGUCUCAAAGGCAUAUCCUUGGAGAAGACUUAGGACAAUUAAACAUAAAAGAACUGGAACAGCUUGAGCGCCAACUGGAUUCAUCUUUGAGGCAAAUAAGGUCAAGAAGGACGCAAAACAUCCUUGAUCAACUUUCUGAUCUUCAACAAAAGGAACAAUCUCUUCUUGAAAUCAACAGAUCCUUGAAGAUAAAGUUGGAUGAAAACUAUGUAGCCUACCAAACUCAUUGGGAUACUGGAGAACAAAAUAUACAAUUUAGACAUCGACCUGCUCAGCCUCAGGAGUUCUUUCAGCCUCUACAGUGCAAUAGUACAAUGCCAAACAGGUACAAUCAAGCGCCAUGGGAUAACAUAGAAUCAUCAACACAAAAUGCUACUGGAGUUUUACCUGGAUGGAUGCUUUGAUGGUUGGGGCUAAAGGGGAAUCAAAUUCACUUACCCUACCUUUUACAAGCAAUUAAGUUAAUGCAGUUUGAGAUUGGAAAAGAAAAAUUAAUAAAUGUAACUUUUCCCAUACACAAUUGAAGUCUCAGUCUUUCAAAAGACUACUGCUGGUAUGAAUUGUAAACUAGUUAACGAGUACGCAAAGCAUAACCAUAUAUGUCAUGGAAUAAGUCAAAUUACAUCUUUUAUUUUAAUUUAGACUCGUUGUUCUUGUUUCA